AUGGGAGACGCUGACUCUCCGAGCACAGGGUGGAUCGAUGAGACCCCUAAAUUGUACCGAGUGAGCGAGUCGGUCAAGCCGCCUUUGCCAUUGUCCGACCCCCAGUCCUGUGUCGUACCGGCGGAUCACGACCAGGCUGCGUCGACAACGGUGCAACGCGAAACUCAAGCACGGCCGCUGGAAUCGCAGAUUCUGGCCUCAAAGUGUCUCAUCUCCGAGAGCGAGAUUACUGCGAUCGUUCGACAAGUACUGGAAGGGAUUGAAUAUCUACGGCGGCAGGGAAGGGUUCUCGCGACCUUGAGCGCGGACGCUAUCCAGCUCACGCAAUCUGGAAGCAUCAAGAUCGGUAACCGGGAUAGAAACAGUUACGAGAUCACGGCAGCUGAGAUGGACGCGGCCACCCUUAAGCUCCUAAGUCUGGCCGAGAUCGUUGAAAGGCUGAUGAAAAAGAACCCACCACCUUUUCGAUGGAGCGCGGAAGUUGAGAGCCUGCCAAGUCAGCUGAGAAGUCUUCCGCUCGAGGAGCUAUCACAGGUCAGUGUUGCCCGCAUCGCAUCCUGUUCGCAACUGACCGAACAGUCCGGUUUCUUGCGACGAUCUCGGGACGAAGGGGAAUUAGUCAUGAUCGUGGGCGUCGUAAACAAGACCGUAUAUCACAGGGUUGACUCUUUCUCCGAUCGAUCCUAG